AAGAACUUUACUUAAAUCCUUACUUUAUACAUUCUUCAAAAAACAAGAUUUUACUUUAUACUCAUAUGUUUUAUUCUGAACACUUGUUAUUAAAAUCUAAACCAAGAGAAAAUAGUGUCUGCAAUGGCAGAAACUACAAAGAAGAAAGGACACAUAGUGAUGAUACCAUUCAUGGCACAUGGUCAUCUAAUUCCAUUCCUAGCACUAGCAAGAAAAAUCCAACAAACAACAAAUACUAUCUACACCAUCACAAUAGCUUCCACACCCCUCAACAUUCAACACCUUAAAUCAGCAAUUUCCACAACAUUUUCUAACAAUGAUAUCUCAAUCCAUCUUGCUGAACUACCUUUCAAUUCUAGCCAAUAUGGUUUACCACCAAACAUUGAAAACACAGAAAAACUUCCUCUUACUGAUAUCAUCAAAAUCUUUCAUGCAUCAACAAGCCUUCAAGCUCCAUUUAGUUCCUUAAUAUCAAACAUCACAGAACAAGAGGGUCACCCUCCACUUUGCAUUAUAUCAGAUGUUUUUCUUGGUUGGGUUACCAAUGUUGCAAAGUGUUUAGGAACUAAGAACAUAACAUUCACAACUUGUGGUGCUUAUGGAACUUUAGCUUAUAUCUCUAUUUGGUCUAAUCUACCUCAUAGAAAAACUGAUUCUGAUGAGUUUUGGGUUGAAGGGUUCCCUCAAAACUAUAGAUUCCACAUCUCUCAGAUGCAUAGAUAUCUAAGACAAGCUGAUGGAAGUGAUAGUUGGUCAAAAUUCUUCCCUCCACAGAUAGCACUUUCUAUGAAAUCUGAUGGUUGGAUUUGCAACACUGUUGAAAAGAUUGAAACUUUUGGGCUGCAACAUUUGAGGAAGUAUCUUGAACUUCCUGUUUGGAGUGUUGGACCUCUUCUUCCUCCAUCAUCUGCAUUAAAGGGUUUGAAUUCGAAGUACCGGGCCGGAAAAGAAUCCGGCAUAGCCCUUGAAGAAUGCAUUGAAUGGCUUGAUUUGAAAGAUGAAAAGUCUGUUCUUUACAUUUCAUUUGGAUCACAGAACACAAUAAGUGCAUCACAAAUGAUGGCUUUGGCAGAAGGGUUGGAAGAGAGCGAGAAAACUUUUAUUUGGGUCAUUAGGCCACCUUUUGGCUUUGACAUGAAUGGAGAGUUCAAGGAAGAAUGGUUGCCAAAAGGGUUUGAAGAGAGAACGAGGCUUAGCAAAAGAGGUUUGUUGGUUCAUAAAUGGGGACCACAAUUGGAGAUUCUUUCACACAAAUCAACAGGAGCAUUUCUGAGUCACUGUGGUUGGAAUUCUGUUUUGGAGAGUCUUAGUCAAGGUGUGCCAAUUAUUGGAUGGCCACUUGCAGCAGAGCAAGGAUACAAUGCAAAGAUGUUGGUGGAAGAAAUGGGAGUGAGUGUGGAGCUGACAAGAACUGUGGAAAGUGUGAUUUCUAAGGAAGAUGUGAAGAGGGUCAUAGGAAUAGUUAUGGAUCAAGAAGGGAAAGGAAAGGAGAUGAAGGAGAAGGCAAAUGAGAUUGCAGUGCACAUGAGAGAGGCAACGAUAGAGAGAGGUGAAGAAAAGGGGUCUUCAUUGAGAGCAAUGGACGAUUUUGUUAGAACCAUUUUAUAAUAUAUGGAUCUAUGAAUUGUUGCAUUUGAGGUUGAGAAAUAAAGUUACUUUUUUUUUAUAGGCAAAUGUUAGUGGCUAAUAAUUUGUUAAGGUAGGCAAAUGUUAGUGGUUAGUAAUUUGUUAAGGGAGGGUGGAUUUAUUAGCAUCAAAGAUCAAACACUGAAUCUCUUCCAUGAAACUCAUUCAGUGUCUCAACCUGUAUCAUUAGAUUACCCCUUUGAGGACAAAAUAAAGUUACUGAAGUAAAACAUAACAUAAACUCCUCAACAAUCUAUUAACAUCAGAUUUCUAUAA